UUCAUCUUCUCCACAACCACCACCGACCAAAUACUAAAUACUCAUCGCCGCCUCCGACACCACCACCGCCGCCAAUUACCUUCUCUCUCCUCUCUCUAAGAAAAUGGCACUCACAACCGUAAUCCAGUCCUACCUGGCAAGACCAAUGACACCCAAUCAAAUUUCUCCGGCCAACAAUCUGUCACGUAAUCUCCGUCAAACACCGACAACCCUACGUGUCCGAUCAAUGGCAUCUGAUGAUCUAAAAGACGAGGUGACAAAACCAGUUUCUGGCGUUCCGCCGCCGUUAACCGCCGAUCAAUCGCCUCUUUCACCGCCGCGGCCAAAGGCGGUGGUCGCAAGUACUAAGUUUUCGGAUUUGUUAGCGUUUAGUGGACCGGCGCCUGAGAGGAUAAAUGGGCGGUUGGCGAUGACAGGAUUUGCGGCGGCGUUGGCGGUGGAGAUAGCUAACGGACAAGAUGUGUUUUCACAGAUAUCUAACGGAGGAGUGACGUGGCUGGUGGGGACUAGCGUUUUAGUAUCGCUGGCGUCGCUUGUACCUUUGUUUAAAGGAGUGAGAGUUGAGUCAAUUGGGUCGGGUCGGAUUAUGAACCCGAAUGCUGAAUUGUGGAAUGGGAGAGUUGCUAUGUUAGGGUUAAUUGCUUUGGCUUUUACUGAGUAUGUCAAAGGUGGGGCCCUUGUUUAAGUAGAAUUGUAAUUUGUAUUUUUAAUUAUUCAUAUUUGUUAGUAUAUUUUAUAUGUAAUUGUAAUUGCAAUAUAAUAAUAUAAUAUAAGGUCACUUGAACUA